CUUUGGAAUGCUUAAUUGGCAAGUGACUAGUGGCACAACUGUCAGUUUAUAUAUUUUGAUUAAACAAAUCAAACGUGGGUCUGUGGAUGGGCAAUAAACAACAACAUAAAUUGAAGAAUAUCAUCACCCCAAAUGGUCAAUGGAUAGAUUAGAGAAAUAGAAAAAUCAAAAGAAGCUUUGGCAAAGAGCUAAAGAUCAAAGCUUUUCUUUGAGAAUGAGAUUGUGGAUUGUGAGUGUACUCGUGCUUACACACCUUGUCCAUGGAGCUCUCUGUUGGGGGAAGGAUGGUCACUACACUGUUUGCAAAUUAGCUGAGGGAUUCUUUGAGGAUGAUACUAUUGCUGCAGUGAAGAAACUUCUGCCUGAAUCAGUUGAUGGUGGUGGACUAGCAGAUUUUUGCUCAUGGCCUGAUGAAAUUAAAAAACUCUCGCAAUGGCAAUGGACUAGCACUUUGCACUAUGUUAACACACCUGAAUACAGGUGCAACUACGAGUAUUGCCGGGACUGCCAUGACACUCAUAAGCAUAAGGACUGGUGUGUGACAGGAGCGAUCUUCAAUUACACAAACCAGUUAAUGUCUGCUUCUGAAAACUCACAGAAUAUAGUCCACUACAACUUGACAGAGGCUCUCUUGUUCUUGUCACAUUAUAUGGGAGAUGUUCAUCAGCCCUUGCAUACUGGUUUUCUUGGAGAUCUAGGUGGUAACACAAUAAUAGUCAACUGGUACCAUAACAAAUCAAAUUUGCACCAUGUCUGGGACAACAUGAUAAUUGACUCUGCUCUAGAAACAUACUACAAUUCAAGCCUUCCACACAUGAUUCAAGCUCUUCAAGCCAAACUCAAGAACGGCUGGUCGAAUGAUGUUCCGUCGUGGAAGUCAUGUCACUUUCACCAAAAGGCCUGUCCAAAUCUGUAUGCUUCUGAAAGCAUUGAUCUCGCCUGCAAGUAUGCUUACAGGAACGCUACUCCGGGGACUACUUUAGGAGAUGAGUAUUUCCUUUCUCGGUUACCCGUUGUAGAGAAGAGACUUGCACAAGGUGGGAUUCGCUUGGCAGCUACUCUUAAUCGUAUCUUUUCUGCAAAACCGAAGCUCGCAGGAUUAUGAAUCUAAGAAAAAGAUCCUUGAGAACCCACGUAACAACUCCUUUUAAGUGUUUUUUAUAACACUGUGAAUGGUUGAGUCAUGACUAAUGAGUGAACCUCCAAAAUCUUCAUGCAAAAAUUUGUUAUUUUGGGACAUGGUUCAAACUUCCAAUAACAAACCACACUAACGGAUAACACUUUGCAUUUUUUUUGUUUGUUUUCAGUUUUGUUAAUUAGUAUCCUUCUUCUUAUCUUAUGAAAAAGGUAAGUUAACAUAAAGGAGUAAAAUAGAAAAAGAAGUUAGAUUUCCUCAUUAGAUUAG